AUGACUUCAAUCCAAGAAUUGGAAAGCGAUAAGUUUCAAAAACUUACAGCAAAGAGAACUGUUUUGCGAAGGUUAACUACUCAAUUAGUCGAUCAAAUUGAGAAAAAGUUAAAACAUGUAGGUGAAAUUGAUGAAGCAGAAUUACGCGACGAUUAUGAACUUUUAAUUGCAAGGUCUAACGGAUUGACAGCGCUUGAUAGCGAAAUGUUAGAAUUUAUUGAACUCGAACAAAUAGAAAAAGAAGUAACUUUAAAUGAUGAAUACGAAGCUAAAUGCCUAAAGUUUUCUAAAAGAAUAUUGCGUUAUUUAGAAGAUAAAAAUAAAGGCAGUCGAAAUUUAAGUUCUUCAAGCAAACAAAGUACAAAUGCUAGAAUUAAUGAAAACUCUAGACAAGAAGUCGAAAAAUUCGCGUAUUUAAAAGCCCUUUUAAUCGGUCAGGCAGCUAAUGUUGUGUCUGGAUUCGAUCUUUCAAGCGAAAACUAUGAUAAUUGUAAAGAAAUGCUAAAAAAUAGAUUUGGCAAAAGAGAUAUCAUAAUUAACUCUUUUAUGAACAAAAUAAUUAACUUAGAAGAGGUUAAGAGCUCUUCCAAUGUUCAAGCGCUACGGAGAAUUCAUGACGAAAUUGAAAUCGCUUUUAGAAAUUUAGAGGCAAUGAAUGUAGAAUCUAAGUCCUUCGGACUCUUAUUAAUGCCUAUUUUGCAAAAAAAGCUACCUCAUGAUUUAAUACUGCAAUUUAAUAAGCAGAGAGAGGACGGUGAUAUUGAAAUUUCUGAAUUCAUUUCAUUUUUAAAGAAAGAAGUGGAAUGUCGGGAAAUUACUUUAGCAGCAUGUAAUGAAAAUAAAGCUUCGACAAUUUCUAAAGGUUAUAGUAAUCAAAAGAAUGUUCGUAAAAGGUACGAUAGAGAUAUUGCUACAGCCAGUGCAUUGAAUACUUCCGUAAAUCAAGUAUGCAUCUUCUGCCAAAAUGCGCAUAGUUCCUACAAGUGUAACAUUCGUGCAACGGAAAAAAUAAAACAGCUUGAAACGAAUAACAGACGUUUUAAAUGUUUUAAGAAAUUUCAUUUGAGUAGGGUUUGUAAUGAUAAAAGUGUUUGUUUCAAAUGUAAUGGGAAAAAUCAUCAUGAAUCGAUUUGUUUCAGAAAUAGUGACGAACGUUCUAACUCAAGUAAAUCUUUAGAGCAACUUAAAACUUCGGAAAAUACUUUAGUCGCUUCUAAUUCAAAUAAUGAAUCUGUAGUUCCUAACGUAAAUGCAAACGCUUUUGUUUCUCAGAACUCUAGUAAUGCUUUGAGCGCGAAAAAUGUAUUGCUACAAACGUGUACUGUAGUAAUUUGUACAGAAUCAGACUCGAAAGCUACGCGUGCAAUUUUGGACCAAGGUAGUGAACGUUCUUUCAUAAAAGACACUUUGGUUAAAUCUUUGAAUUUAAAACCCAUACGCACUGAGAAACUAUCGGUUUUCGCAUUCGGAGCGGAAAAACCCAUCGUUAAAAAUUAUCCUGUGGUAAUAAUUGAACUUUGCGACAGGGAGUUGAAAAACAAAGUAAGAUUAGAAUGUUUGGUAACCGACACAAUUUCCUCAUGUCCUGUGAAGGGUCCUAGUUUGCGCUCGCUCGAAAAAAUGCAGUGCUUGGGACUAAAGCCGGCCGAUAUUGUAGAUAACGUCUCCGAUUUACGACAUUUAGGGGUAUUAAUUGGGGCGGACAAAUUUUGGGAUGUAGUGUUGACAGCGAGAAAACGCAUAAAUAGAGAUCUUCAGGCCGUUAACUCUAUAUUUGGGUGGUUUUUAGUGGGUUUAGACAGAAAUACGUUUAGGCAAGCCAACUUUUCGAAGCAUUCAAAUGUAUCGGUAGGAAAUACAAUUGUUUUAAAUGAUUUGAGAAUAUUUUGGGAAUUGGAUUCUAUGGGUAUAAUUGAAGAAUCUAGUAAAUAUUCCAAAAAAGAUGAAGAUUUAAUUCAUCGCUUCGAAACAGAUUUGCGAUUUGUAGACGGGAGAUACGAAUGUAAAUUACUUUGGAAAACCACAACUGACGGUCUCGAAAAUAAUUUUGAGGUAACUAAAAGACGCUUUGAAACUUUAAAACAAAAACUGGAUAAAACUCCAGAAAUAUUAGCGAAGUAUAAGGAAAUAAUAGAACAGCAGUUAAACGAAAAUAUAGUUGAGAAAUGCGCUAAUGAAAUCAAAGAUAAAGAUUAUUAUAUGCCUCACAGAGCAGUCAUUCGUAAUAGCGAAACGACGAAUGUUCGUAUCGUAUUUGAUGCAUCUUCUAAAUCUGAAAAUUGUAAAUCCUUAAAUGAUUGUUUAGAAAUUGGUCCUAACUUGAAUCCGUCCGUUCUUGAUAUUAUUCUUAGGUUUCGGGAGCAUGAAAUAGCAUUUAGUGGAGACCUAGAAAAGGCGUUUUUGAUGAUUGGGAUAGCUAAACAAGAUCGGGAUUUUUUGAGAUUUCUCUGGUUUGGGGAAUCAAACGAACAGUUCAAAAUUUUGCGUAUGUGCCGCACGCCGUUCGGUACCAGUAUUAGCCCAUUUAUACUAGCCGCUACUAUUAAAUAUCAUACUAAAAAAUAUAAAAUUAAAAACCCUGAUGUAUUUGAAAUGCUUAAUUCAUCAAUUUAUGUAGAUGAUUUGUUUUAUGGUGCUAAAACGGUGGAAGAUGCAUACAAAUUGUCUGUAGAUGCAGUAAAUAUUUUCCGUGACGCGGGAAUGAAUUUGAGAAAAUUGAAAUCAAAUUCAAAUGAACUUAAUGCUUUGUGGCUCAGGGAUAAUAUUAAACAGGACGAAAAUUUGAGUAUGAAAUCAAAGUUUUUAGGCAUGAAUUGGAAUCCCAUUAAUGAUUCUAUCAAUUUAGAGCUAACUGCUGUAAUUGAAUCUGUGAAAAGCAAACUAGACGACACAAAAAGGACAGUUUUAAGAACUGUAGCUAAAAUAUUCGAUCCAGUGGGAUUUCUUCAACCUUUUACUGUGCGGAUGAAGAUAUUGUUACAAGAUAUUUGGCUGUUAGGUCUAAACUGGGAUGAAAGUCUUCCUAGUGCUUUAAAAGGAAGGUGGAAUAAUUGGUGCUCAGAACUUGAGUUCUUAAAAAAUCUGACUUUCACAAGGAAAUUCUUCAGUGAGGCUGAUUACACGGAACUGAGCAUUCACAUUUUUUGCGACGCCUCUCCUAGAGCGUUUGGAGCGGUUGCUUAUUUUAGAUACUCUAAUAGUUACGGGGAGAUUAAAACUUCCUUCAUACAGACAAACACCGCUAUAAUGAACCCUCAGUGA